CCUGGGUGUGGGCGUGGCCUUGUGUGGAGGAUGUCAUUGUGAUUGGCCGCUUGAUUUUGCCGGUUGCAUCAGCUGUGUGGUAUCUUUCCCGUGGGUCAGUGGCUGGAGAACAGGGACGGAGGGACAGCGGGGGAUUAUGACCGAGAACGUAACAGACCAACUGGGAAACAUGAGCCUGGAGAAGCCAAAUGUCAAUGGAGGAAAGCUCAAAGAAGGAGGGAAGAAGAAAGGCAAGGAUGGAUCAGGAGAUGGGGGCCGCAGUGAGAUGAAGCCGUGGCCUGAGUACAUCAAUCAGCGGCUCGAAAUGUACAAUAAGCUGAAAGCAGAACACGAUACCUUGCUGGCAGAUAAAGCGGCAAAGGAGAGCAAAGCUAUUAAAGUGACACUACCUGAUGGGAAACAAGUAGAUGCAGAGUCCUGGAAAUCCACACCCUACCAAAUCGCUUGUGGGAUCAGUCAAGGUCUGGCUGACAAUACUGUAGUCGCUAAAGUGAAUGGCAGUGUCUGGGACCUGGAUCGCCCACUGGAGGAAGACUGCACACUGGCACUUCUUAAAUUUGAUGAUGAGGAAGCGCAAGCGGUGUACUGGCACUCAAGCGCACACAUAAUGGGAGAAGCUAUGGAGCGGGUUUAUGGUGGAUGUUUGUGCUAUGGUCCCCCUAUUGAGAAUGGCUUUUAUUAUGACAUGUAUCUGGAAGACGGGGGGGUGUCCAGCAAUGACUUCACCUCCUUGGAAAACCUGUGUAAGAAGAUCAUGAAGGAGAAGCAACAGUUUGAGAGGCUGGAGGUCACUAAAGAAACACUCCUUGAGAUGUUUAAGUACAACAAGUUCAAGUGCCGCAUUCUGAAUGAAAAGGUUGACACUCCAACCACUACAGUGUACAGAUGCGGCCCCUUAAUCGAUCUAUGUCGAGGACCCCACGUCAGACACACUGGCAAGAUUAAAGCUUUGAAGGUUCAUAAGAAUUCCUCCACAUAUUGGGAAGGUAAGGCUGAUAUGGAAACCUUGCAGAGAGUAUAUGGUAUUUCGUUUCCAGAUCCAAAGAUGUUAAAAGAAUGGGAAAAGUUCCAAGAAGAGGCCAAAAACCGAGACCACAGAAAGAUAGGAAGGGAACAAGAGCUGUUCUUCUUCCAUGAGCUGAGCCCUGGGAGCUGUUUCUUCUUACCCAAAGGAGCCUAUAUUUAUAACCAGCUGAUUGCCUUCAUCAGACAAGAGUACAGGAAGCGGGGUUUCCAGGAGGUGGUCACCCCUAACGUCUAUAACAGCAAACUAUGGCAGACAUCCGGCCACUGGCAGCACUACAGCGAGAACAUGUUCUCUUUUGAGGUUGAGAAGGAGAUCUUUGCUCUGAAGCCCAUGAACUGCCCGGGACAUUGUUUAAUGUUUGAUCACCGGCCGCGCUCCUGGAGGGAGCUGCCAUUGCGAAUGGCAGAUUUUGGGGUUCUGCACAGAAAUGAGCUGUCAGGGGCACUGACAGGACUGACCAGAGUAAGGCGUUUUCAGCAGGACGAUGCUCACAUCUUCUGUGCCAUGGAACAGAUUGAAGAAGAGAUCAAGAGCUGCCUGGAUUUCUUGCGCGCCGUUUACAAUGUUUUUGGAUUUACCUUCAAACUAAACCUCUCCACCCGACCAGAGAAGUUCCUUGGUGACAUUGAAGUUUGGAACCAGGCAGAGAAGCAACUGGAGAACAGUUUGAAUGAGUUUGGUGAAAAGUGGGUAUUAAAUCCUGGAGAUGGCGCCUUCUAUGGACCUAAGAUUGAUAUCCAGAUUAAGGACGCUAUCGGCCGGUACCAUCAGUGCGCCACCAUCCAGCUCGACUUCCAGCUUCCCAUCCGCUUCAACCUCACCUACGUCAGCCAUGAUGGUGACGACAAGAAGAGACCAGUCAUUAUUCACCGCGCCAUCUUGGGUUCAGUGGAAAGGAUGAUCGCUAUCCUCACCGAGAACUUUGGAGGCAAAUGGCCACUCUGGCUCUCCCCUCAGCAAGUGAUGGUGGUGCCCGUAGGACCGACAUGUGACGAAUAUGCCCAGCAGGUCAGAGAGCAGUUCCACCGGGCUGGGCUUAUGACUGACGUUGAUUUGGACCCCGGCUGCACUCUCAAUAAGAAGAUCAGAAACGCACAGCUUGCGCAGUACAACUUCAUUCUCGUGAUCGGAGAGAAGGAGAAAGCCAGCGGAACAGUAAACAUUCGCACCCGAGACAACAAGGUCCACGGUGAACGCACCAUCGCAGAGACCAUCGAGAGACUGCUUCAGCUCAAGGAUUCACGAUCCAAAAACUCAGAAGAAGAAUUCUAAUCCCAAUAAUGCUUCCAGAACUGCGGAUCCAGCUCCAACGGAAUCUCACCGCGUAGAACGAGGAACGAUUAAAUGAGCCAAAAAACAAACUAUUCCUCCAAUCACUUGUAAUAGGAAUAAUGUCUUGUGCUUCGUAGCAAAUGCUUUUCUCAGGGGGUGGGGAGCAGCCAUAUUUGUAUGUUCUUCAGAUCUUGGUUACUGGUGUUGGACAUGGUAUCCCGCUGGCCCUGAGGCUUUUUGACUUACAGAUAAUAGUCUUUAUUUUUCUAGCACUCAUUUUAUCUUCUAGAUCUGGAUAUUUGGUGCCUGUAGUUGGUUUCGCUGUUGCUUGAAUGAUUGUAGGAAUAAAUGCUUCCGCCAGGAUUAGACUUCGAGGCAAAGUUUACUUUUAAGGUGCAGUUUGAUGUAGGGAGGGACUUUCUGAGACAGUCGACCACUGUGUUUCUUAACCCGUAAUUACAAAUUUUGUCUUCUUAGAAAGGAGAUUGCAUAGCUGGAUUGUUAUUUAUUGCUUUCCGUGUCCCCCACCCUGGAACCAUAGGGCACUUUGCAAUUUGUAGGGCUGCAGAGAAUCACUCAAAAACUACAACAAAAAGAACAAUUUAAUUGUCUUUAGAUACUUUUUACACAACCUGAUAAAUAUACCCCUAUGUAUAAUGUUAAAAGUGGAGUGAAGCAUUAACGGAGAUGUUGCUCAUAGCAGCCAAUCAGAUGCUUUGCUUUGGUUUUCUAACUGUUGAAAUCUAAUUGCUGAUUGGUUAAUGCUUCAUUCCACUUUUUACACAGCAUGAUAAAUAUACCCCUUAAUGUUUAUUUGAGCGUAGGCAUCCCCUUUAGGGACAACAGAGCGACCUGGGUCUGUGUUAAUGAGACCAAAGGCAUUUGUGUAAGUCAUCAGAAACAAUGGAAGCAGCAUGAACAAGUUCUUCUCCUGUUACAUCCCUUUAAGACAUUUUCAUUCUACAAAAAAGUAAAUUGAAAAUUGAAGUAAAUCUUAAUAAAAAAAACCUUUGGUAAAAAAAA